AUGUACCAAUCACAGUGAAGGUGACCGAGCAGGAGGGGAGUUGUAAUCUUUUUGGCUCUCCGAUUGGACAGACUCGAUGCUGACAAUGACGCAGUACACAUGUGCCCUGACAUGUAGACCUAUCAAAUACAGAAAUAGAAAUCGCUGUAGGUGGUGGCAGGUAGAGAAAAUUUCCACUAGUCUACACCCGAGAAGAUAACGGUAACCGUUGCAGGUGCUUUGAAACUGUUGUUAAUGGUAUAGUUACGUUUUUAAAUGUACCAGAUUAACCAGCAGGGAAUCUUCUUGUGUCAGUCCAAACCGUAGGUUUCGUUAUCUUUUUAAACCUAAACAGCACAUAGUCUCAUCCAUCGGACCUCGGAGCAAACAAUCCAUCUCAAAUUGUAGGCUAUCAAGCCCAGAAUUUAAGAAAAGGGAUGGACUUCCUUGCUGGCUGCAUAGGAGGUGCUGCUGGAGUCUUGGUAGGACAUCCAUUUGAUACCGUGAAGGUCAGACUUCAGGUCCAGAGUGUGGAGAAGCCGCUUUACAGAGGAACCUUCCACUGCUUCCAGUCCAUCGUACGCCAGGAAUCGAUGCUGGGGCUGUACAAAGGUGUUGGCUCGCCCAUGAUGGGCCUGACAUUUAUCAACGCCAUCGUGUUCGGUGUCCAGGGCAAUGCCAUGCGCUUCCUGGGUCAGGACACGCCCUUGAACCAGUUCCUGGCAGGGGCGGCAGCAGGAGCCAUCCAGUGUGUGAUCUGCUGCCCCAUGGAGCUGGCCAAGACACGCAUGCAGAUGCAGGGCACAGGCGAGAAAAAGAAGUCGGCGCGGAAGGUCUACAAGAACUCGCUGGACUGCCUGGCGCGCAUCUACAAGCGCGAGGGCGUGAGGGGCGUCAACCGUGGCAUGGUGACCACGCUGGUGCGUGAGACGCCCGGCUUUGGUGUGUACUUCCUGGCGUACGACGUGCUAACCCGCGGGAUUGGAUGUGAGCCCGACGACCCCUACAUGAUCCCGAAGCUGCUGUUCGCCGGUGGCAUGUCGGGCAUUGCUUCCUGGCUCUCCACGUAUCCGGUGGACGUGAUCAAGUCGCGUCUGCAGGCGGACGGUGUGGGGGGCGUGUAUCGCUACAGCAGCAUCAUGGACUGCGUGCGGCAGAGUGUGGCCAACGAGGGCUGGAUGGUGUUCACGCGCGGACUCACCUCCACGCUGCUCCGAGCGUUCCCCGUCAACGCCACCACCUUUGCCACCGUCACACUCGUGCUUAUGUACGCACGUGGCGAGACCAGCGGGGCCGGUGACUGUGAGUCUGCCCCGGUGGAGACGCAAACGCAACACAGCAGCUCCCUGCAAACCCAACCCAACAGCCUGUGAACACACACAUUGCAGACUUGACCUGAGCAAAAGACACACAUGUACUGUAUGUAUAUAAGACCUAAUAUGCAACUAAACCUAUCUAUGUUUUCUUUCUUUUACAAUAUGCCUUAAGAAGAGAAGUUUAAGGAUAUAUGGUAAAGAAAGACGUAUUGGCAUUGGCAUGCACGUGAAAAUGUAACUGCUUUUUUUUCUGGAAAAAACAUCUGAAGGUUUAGCAAAAAUGGAGAUAAGAGGUUGGAUCUGAGCUGUGAUCCUGAAUGACCAGCCACUCUUCUGCUCCUUCUCCUUUUCUCCUCUUCGCCUUCUUUGAAGUCCUACUGCUGAUGACCUUGCCUUUUACUACGCAAACACACCAGACAUGGCAGAAUCUUGUAGCAUGAGAAAUUUAUAUUUUCUUUGUAUGCAGAGUAAGAAACCCGUGGAAUUUUAUUUUCGUGAUGAUAUACUGUAUGUAUGCAAUAUAUUUAUGUGAUGUUUCCUUUUAUUUCUGCUAUCAGAACCAAAACUACCUCCUGUAAGGAAAUCACAUGGAAUCCUAGUGUUCCUUUGGAGGACACACUGUUAUAAGAAAAGCUUGUGAAUUAUCACAAAAAAAUGUGGGGUUCUUCAAAUGACCUACGUUUGUGCUUCAAUUUUGCUAAUUGGAAAAGUGGACAAGUGUUAAUGUUAAACAUUGACAUGAGCCAGAGGUUAAAGGUGCUCUAAGCAAUGUUUUGCGAACAGCAGCAAACAUGUCCUCACCAUCCGCUAGCUCCAUCCAUACUGCAAAAAAACAGGGUUUCUGUGGACAGCCCGGGCUCCAAAAACGGCAACAAAAACAGAUCGGUCCAGCCUGGACCUUGAAACAAAACUAACUGUUCCAGCCAAUCACGGACGAGAUGCGCAUUCAGGAGAGUUUCAGUUGCACAGGAGGGUCCUUGUCCUUGUCCUUGUCCUUGGUAUGUAAGGAGAAAACACGCUUUACCACUGCGUCCCUGUCUGGUAAAUGUACUGCUCCUUUGAUGUUCUUCCGUGUGUCUUUUUUGGAUAUGAUGUUAGUUGAGCUAGACAAUCCUUACAUUGUCUGAUUAAAAAUACUGACCUCUAGCUGAGGUGCAUAGGAGCACUUAGGGAAUUUUCUCUUGGGACUUUUCCACCAACAGAGAACAGACAUUCUGGCUCAUGCUUCAGAUGUUGAACUGUUUGGAACAUUUUGAAAAAAUAAAUCACUUCAGAACCGGAAAAGUUGGUUCGGAGCUAGAAACAAAAGGUUUUCUUAGUUUAGUUGAUUUUCUUGUUACCAGAAGUGGGUGUGACAUUCUUCAGUUCAGUUGGCACCAAGCACCAAGAUUUGAAGAAUUCUGAACAGAACCAAUUCCGAAACGCCCCCCCCCCCCCCCCCCCCCCCAUGGGUUAGAACCACUGAUUGGCCCAGGUAUUAAAGCAUUGACAGGUUUUAAUUGGUCCAAAAGCACUGGAUUUGUAUUGUUAAUAGGUCUGCUGCCCCUUGUGGUCAACUGGUCAACCAAUGUAACCAGUGGCAUAAUAUACUGUGAGUAUGAAUAUAUGGAUGAGUUUUAGAUUAGUAGACUUCGAUCCGUGGAUGGUGGUUCCCACCGCUGUAAAUAUAAAAGCAAAUGCUGCAAUUUCAUGAGAUCUUGGAAAGGUCCAAAGUUGUCUGUGGGAAAGAGGAAUCAGGCUGAUGAGAGAGGGCUUAAUGAAUGUAAAAUGGAGAAUCUAAACUAGAUUCUUAGAAUGCGCCAAAAUAACCUGGAUUAAAAAGAUACACAGGUGAAGCUGCUAAACAAUGACGAUGAUGGUGAUGAAGAUGAGGAUAAUGCUGCUACUACUGAUCAGAUGUCAGGUUGUCUUGGUCAUGACAUGGUCAAAUCAAAUGGUUAAAAUGGGAAUGAAACACAUGAUAGUGAGAAGAGGCAAUUCAUAUGUAAUGUGUUUAUUUCUUCUAGAUUACUUUUAAAAAGAAUGUACAUAUUGUAUUUCAAGAAGUUGUUAAUAUAUUCCUCUCUGUUGCAUUUUGCUUUUGGGUUUUAAAAUAACCACUGUUGUUGUUCUGGAGUAAAGAGUAAUGUAAGUACAUGUAGAGAGAACUCAAGCAGACUAUUUUUGUAAAAUGUACUUAAACUUAAAUGGUUAUAUAUAGUUGGGAUGCUCCUGUUGCUGAACAAAAUUAUUUUUGCCCAACUGAAGUUGCAUACAGUUUGAAAUAAAAUAAAAUAAAAACUUAA